AUGGUGGUGGCGGCCAUAGUCUCCAUCGUGAAGUCAUCGUCAGGCCAGCUGGUCAUACUCAGCUUCACCAUCACCCUAAGGAAAGGGACCAACAGUUCUUCGGUGCAGCUCAAUGAGAAACAGGAGGACGACUUCCUCAGCGGAAAUCAGGAUUUCUACGCCUCGAGUCAACCAACCUCGGCGAACGUCACUUGCAGCAAAGACCCUUCGACGAUGCCGUACCUGGCGCAAAUCGUGACCGAACCGUCGGUGCGCCUGCAGCCGGCUUUCAAGCCGCAGCGGACCGAGUACUUUGCCAACGUCUCGUACGACCUGGUGUUGGUCAAGGUGUGGGGGCUGGCCCAGCACUGCGGCAGCCAAGUGCGAGUCGACGACAAGUACGGCCCAGCCAGGCCGGCGAACUAUACUCUGGGCGUGGGUGAGAACAAGGUCGUGCUGUACGUGAUGGAUGGCGGCCAGCCGGACCCCUGGGUGGUCAACGCCUACACGCUGCUCAUACGGCGCAUGCCCCUUGCCGACGACGCCGUGGUAUUCAGCCCUGCAGCUCAGCACCAAGUGUGCAGCCUGAAGCAGGAGUGUGAAAUGCAAGUCGCACCCGGGGAGCCGUGUGGUCUGUACAGCGAGACCUCUGUAGACUGGCCGAGUUACCUUGAAAAGACGGCCAGAUUACCUGUCUGCAAGGACGGCAGCUCCCAAGGACGAUGGAUGGUGCCCUGCGAGAAGUGUGCCGCCAAGGAGUCCUGCUUCUGGAAGGAGGCCCGCUGGCAGCCCUAUCAGUGCCGAUACGUGAACCUACCGCAGAGGACACUUGCGCGGUGCAUGGCGGGAAAAAAGUUGCUGUUCAUCGGGGACUCGACGAACCGGGGCAUGAUGCACUACGUGAUGGAGCGCCUCAACGGCUCCCUGCAGCACUGGGACAAGACGCACGACCUGCGCGUCUACGCCAACCUGAACCGCGGUGAGACUGCGGUGGCGUUCGCCUACUACCCGCAGUUCUGGCUGCCCACGAGUCAGAGGCCCGUCUUCGACAAGGCGCUCUACCAGCUUAUCGAGAGGUCGAAGCCGCUCCAGAACAAUUCGAACACUGUCCUCAUCGUGGGCGGCGUCCACUGGCUCGCGACUCAGCACCUUUACAUGCUGGUCAAGGCACUACGUGGGGACCACCUUCAAGGAAUCAAGCUUAUUAUCAAGACUCUUGGAGCCGGAUUUCACCAGCCGGUUGAAGGGAUACACUGCCUGAGCAUGAAGGAACAAAAGAAGCUGAUGAUGCAGAACCUGUGGUUAGCUGAGUUUGCGCGCCACUACAACAUUGACGUCAUUGACACCUUCAACAUUACGGUGGCACGCUACAAAGACUUCCUGCAAGGAAAAUGCGCUUGCCAUUUCCACAAGGUGGUCCCAGUGCAAGCGCCCAAGAACCGGCCGCCGGGCAAACCCCCGCCGUCGCCUUCGUUCCACGUAGAAGGCGACAUCAACGCCAUCUACAGCGAGAUCCUGCUCAACCGCAUAUGCGCCAAGCACGCCGAGGAUAGCUGAUAGGCACUCUCGCCACGAAGGCUUUUGUGCUCUCGGGAUUGUUGGACGCUGAAUCCCGUUUGCUGGAGAAGCAAGGGUGCACCUACUGUUGGCACGCCGCGUUCUGUAACCGACUCUCAGCCCCCUUCCACACUUCUUUGACGGUUUCUUGUCUGCUGCCAAAGUGUUCGCGAUGACGCCACACCAGCAGAGCAAAACGAGGCUUUCAAAAAAGCUCAACAGCCAGCGCAGGUUGCCGUCGACGAUGUUUAUUGAUCAUUUUAGCGUUCGCAAAACACACGCAUCUGGAAGGCGGUAUGGUUGCACCACUUGGCCACAAAAUAUUAGUGACCUAAUUCACGAGGAUUUGGAUUCGUAAAACUUGUUUCGGGUUGGGUUGCUGUUCUAACUAAAAACAUGCUCGUUAUCGUCAUUGGCCGGCUGUCUGCUUCUACAAACCAGACCAGCUUACGAAUCGCUUCGUAAAAAUCACCCCGGAGCCGAACGCGUAUUCUUUGCGCGUAUUCGGAAAGUGACAGGUUCGCUCGAUUUCUUGCUUGCUUGCCAUCUUCGGCGCUUGUUCAAAUCAACGCAGUGCUUCGUUGCCUAAUGCGAGCAAAUUGGAGGUAUCUGCACCACAGUGAGGGAAUGGCUGCAGUUGGUUGGCUUGGUUCAACGCUAUGAACACUAAGAAAGUCUGAGCUACGCAAAGUGUGCAAAAGCUUGCACCAAACUGGAACAGCCAGUUUCAAGCAUGCCGGAAGAAGAGAAACAGAAUGAAAAGCACAACAUAAUAGCCCGUGGCUUACAGUUACACGCACAUAGAAAAGCGGGCAAAGUAAACGAGCUGGCAAGAUCAAGACAAAACGGGUUGGCUGAACGACUGACAC